AUGGUGAACUCACCUCCGUCAAAUACAAAACAACCCGAUGCACAAAUUUCCUGCCAAUCAUGUAACGAUGCCGACAACAGUCAAAUGGUUCAAUGUGACGAAUGUGAUGGAUGGCAUCACUUUAAAUGUGUCGGAGUUAACGCCAGCAUCGAAGAUAAAGACUGGAAAUGCAAAGAGUGUCAUCAGAAGGACUUGGAUAACCAAGGAGGGACUUCAUCAUCCAACGAACAGUUUGAAGCAACACAAAAAAACCCUAUAUGUACAUCGACACGGUUACCACCAGCGGAUUCCGGAAGAAAUUUACAACAGACGUCUUUUUCACCUACUGCCUCGAAACAACUUAACGGCAACAAAAAUGAAAAUCCCAAGUUAUGUGUCCCAGCGCGUACAAAAUCAAAUAAAUCCAAAUCGAUAAAUUCGGUAAAAUCAUUGCAAUUAAACUUAAUGAGGUUAGAAGAAGAAAGAGAUCUAAUGAAAAAAAGAGAUCGCGAAUAUUUGGAAGCAAAGUAUAAGCUUUUGGAGCAACAAACAGAUAGUGAAAGUGAAGACGAGUCAACAUCAUCAAGGGUAGAUAAGUGGAUUAACCAGCAAUCCAUAACUAAAAACCAAGUUUGCCCCACUUUGAAUCAUCAAAGCGGAAGCAAGCAACAAUUAGUACCCAAAUCUAAUACCCAAGAGCUAACAAGAGCAAUAAAUCUAAAUGAGACAUGGGUCGGAGCCUACGGUUCUUCCAUGCCAGCUGUUAACAUCAACACAACAACCAACAGAGACUCAACAAUUUUCCAAAAUCCGUCAACCGUCCACACUCUUCAUAACGAUGACCGUGGCAACGACAUCAUCGACCAAGCAAGAGGAAGGCCUUAUCUUAAUACUCAGCAGAUAGCAACAAGGCAUAUUGUUUCUAAGGAAUUACCGACGUUUUCGGGACGGCCAGAAGAGUGGCCAUUAUUUUUCAGUUGUUUCAAGAGUACAACCCUUGCAUGCGGGUUUUCAGAUGACGAAAAUUUGAUAAGGCUUAAUAGAUGUCUAAAGGGCAACGCCCUUGAAUCAGUGAGAGCUAAACUACUCUAUCCAAAUCAAGUCCCAAGUAUAAUCGAAACACUGAAGAUGCUAUUUGGUCGUCCAGAAUCAAUUAUUAAAACCCUGAUUUCUAGGCUGAGACAAGAACGCCCACCUAGAGAUGAUAAGUUAGAUACAUUAGUCGCCUUUGCCUUAUCGGUUCAGAACAUCGUUGCUACAAUGGAAGCUGCUGGAUUGACAUCACAUUUAAACAACCCUUGCCUGAUGCAAGAAUUGACCGAUAAAUUGCCAUUCCAAACCAAGUUGAAUUGGGGUGUUUUUAAACUGAACAAGCAGAAUAUAGAUCUGACAACAUUUAGUUCCUGGUUGUUUCAAGUUGCCCAAGCUGCUUGUGAGGUAACAGAUGUGAGUUUACUCUCAAAAGAUGUUAAGCCUGACAAAAGGCGACAGCCAUCCAAUUUCCAUCUAAAUGGACAUCAUGAUGAAGCGAAAAAUGAAUUCCAGUGUCAAGAUCAGCAAAAGCAUUGUGUUAUCUGUAAAGGAGCUUGCAAGUCAGUGGAAAAUUGCGAUGAAUUUAGUGGACUUAGUUUAAAUAACAGAUGGAAAGCAGUGAAGAAACAUUUUCUGUGUCGCACAUGCCUUGUCAACCAUAAUAAGCGAAGAUGUUUGUCCGCAAAUAGAUGUGGAAUAAUGAACUGUACGUAUAGACAUCAUAAGUUGCUGCACAAACAUGAGCAACCAGCUGCAAGAUCUGAAAAUCAAAAUCUGUCUAGUUAUCAUUGCACGCAUAAACACAAAGGAAGUUUGUUGUUUAAAAUUUUGCCUGUGUCUCUCUACAACAAUGACAUUAAAAUCGAAGCAUUCGCCUUUCUAGAUGAUGGCUCCUCUGUGACGAUGAUGGAUAAUGAGUUGGCAGACAUUCUCAAAUUAAAAGGUGAACCCCAAGAACUCCGUUUGAGAUGGACGUCGGGUAAUUCUCGCACUGAAGAGAAAUCAAAGAAAGUUAACUUGAUGAUAGCAGCUAAACAAAGUUCUAAAAAGUACGCACUUACAAACAUUCGAACUGUUGAGUCUUUAAAUCUUCCUGCACAAACAAUUAACUUUAAUUCGCUUGCGUCAUGCUACCAUUAUUUGAAAGGUAUUCCUAUUCAAUCUUUUACUGAUGCUCGACCGAGAAUAUUAAUAGGCCUCGAUAAUGCCAAUUUAUUAAAUUCUUUGAAAUAUCGCGAAGGAAGAAUUAACCAACCAUCAGCAAUCAAAACGCGUCUUGGAUGGACUAUUUAUGGACCUUGUGAAGAGGAAGGCGAAACAUCAAUCGAUUAUCAAAAUUAUCAUUUGUGUGAGUGUAAAGAGCAAGCAGAUGAAAAGCUUCAUGAAUUAGUUCGGGAAUUCUUUUCAAUAGAAAGCUUCGGUUCAAAGGAGAUAAGAAAACUUACUAAGGACAGAGAUGUAAGAGCCGAGAACCUGCUAGAAAGCUCAGCUAAACGACUAGGUAAGAGGUUCAGUGUUCCGCUUUUAUGGAAAAGUGAAUGUCAUGCAUUUCCAAAUAGCAGACCAUCCGCAGAACGAAGACUUAUGUGCCUUGAGAAACGAUUACAUAAAGAGCCCGAACUAGCAGCAAAUUUAGAUUCACAAAUCUCCGAUUAUUUACGACAAGGAUAUGUGCGCAAACUUACAAGUGAUGAUUUACAAAACUAUAAAGGCAACCGAAUCUGGUAUCUUCCCAUUUUUCCCGUUUUAAAUCCCAACAAGCCAUCAAAGGUGCGAAUGGUAUGGGAUGCGGCCGCGCAAGUUGACGGAGUCUCGCUAAACUCAAUGCUACUUUCCGGACCCGACUAUCUUGUCUCACUUAUAGACAUACUAUUUCGUUUUCGUCAAAGGAAUAUAGCAAUCUGUGGUGAUAUAAAAGAAAUGUUCCACCAAGUGCUUGUGGAAGAAGCUGAUCAACACGCUCAAAGGUUCCUGUGGAGGAGCAAGGAAACAGGAAUAAUAGAAGACUACGCUAUGAACGUACUAACUUUCGGUGCCACAUGCUCACCAUACUGUGCAGAUUAUGUGAAAAACAAAAAUGCAAUGGAACAUUCUGAAAAGUUUCCCCGAGCAGCAGAAGCCAUUAUACGGAAUCAUUAUGUCGACGAUUUUUUAGACAGUUUUGACACCCCAGAAGAAGCAAUGCGCAUAACAAACGAAGUCAUAUACAUUCAUCAACAGGCUGGCUUUGAAAUAAGAAACUUCAUGAGCAACUGUGAGAGUGUAGUAGCAGCUCUAGGAAAAAAUGCAGCCGAUUGUGCAAAGCCAUUUAAAAACCGUUCAAGUCCUUACGAAUUUGAAAAAGUUUUAGGGAUGUGGUGGUCACCGUUAACUGACCAAUUUUCAUUUUUAUUUAACAGCAAAAAUUUUGAUAAAGAGAUCCUAGAGGGCUUAUUUCCCCCGACUAAACGAAUUGUUUUGCGCGUGCUUAUGAGUACCUUUGACCCACUUGGUCUAAUUGGGCAUUUCUUGAUGUUUCUAAAAAUUUUAUUGCAAUCUAUUUGGCGUGAGCGUAUAAACUGGGAUGAACCAAUACAUGAAGCGCACUUUGAACUUUGGAAAAAGUGGCUGAAUUUGCUACCUACAAUUAGAGAAAUCAAAAUAAGAAGACCUUAUCUUAAUAACUUGAAGUUUGAUGCUGAAUCUACAGUAGAGUUACAUGUUUUUGUAGACGCUAGCCUGUCAGGAUUUGCUGCGGUAUGCUACUUGAGAGUACAACGUGGCACAUCUAUUCAAUGUAAUUUGGUAUGUUCAAAAACGAAAGUAGCUUCUUUAAAACCGAUUUCAGUUCCUAGAAUGGAAUUAGAAGCAGCUGUGUUAGGUGUUCGAUUAGCACAAACUGUCAUUAAUGGACACUCAAUUCAAAUAAAUAGGCGUUACUUCUGGUCAGAUUCUCAGUCAGUAUUAUGUUGGAUAAAAAAUGAUAAUCGAAAGCUUAAACAGUUUGUUACAUUUAGAGUUGGUGAAAUACUAGAAAAUUCGAAUGAAAACGAGUGGCGAUGGGUUCCAAGUGAACAUAACGUAGCCGAUGAUGCCACAAAGUGGAAUCUCAAAGUUGAUUUUUCUUCAGACAGCCGUUGGUAUCGAGGACCAGAUUUUCUCUACAGCCCAAAAGAUUCUUGGCCUUUGAAUCCUAAAGAGGAUACAGGAAAUGAGAUUGAAGUACAUACUCACAUUGACGUUUCUGUAACACCACUACAAAAUUAUAUGCAGUUUUCUUCAUGGGAAGAAACGGUCACUGCAGUUUCAUAUGUUUUUAAAUACUUCUGUAUAUUUCUACAGAAAUUCCGCAAACCGGACGAUUGUUUCGAUCUAGGAGAAAGUAAAGGUACGAAAAGUUACCUACUUUGGCUAUGUCAAGACGAAAAUGGUAAUCUAGAUUACGUCAAAGGAGCUGAAACAUAUUUAUAUAUGAUAUGUCAAUCUGAAGGUUAUCCUAAAGAAAUAAAUGCCUUGCAAAAUAAACAGCCAAUUGAAAAAACAAGUUCACUAUACCAGUUGAGUCCUUAUCUGGAUACGAAGGGAGUAAUGAGGGUAAAAGGUCGUAUAGAUGCUUCUAACCAUGUUACUCUUGAUUGUAAAAGACCAGUUAUCUUACCGAAACAGCAUCAUGUCACUACACUGAUUGUUGACAAUUUUCAUAGAAAAUAUAAACAUAUUUUUUUCGAAACAGCAGUAAAUGAAAUACGUCAAUUCUUUUACAUUCCAACUUUAAGAGCAGUCCUAAAAAGAGUUCAAAAUAAUUGUCAAGAGUGUCGCAACAAUAGAGCUAUGCAUGUAGCUCCAAUGAUGUCUGAUCUUCCUGAAGCACGCCUAAAGGCCUUUACCCGACCAUUUACAUAUGUAGGGGUGGAUUAUUUUGGGCCAAUCCUAGUCGCCGUUGGACGACACACCGAAAAACGAUGGGGUGUUCUAUUUACUUGUCUCACUGUGAGAGCUAUUCAAAUUGAAAUAGCACAUAGCCUGUCAAGUGAUUCGUGCAUCCUAGCAAUUAAAAGAUUUUGCGCGAAACGAGGAAGACCGAAGCAAGUCUGGAGUGACAACGGCACAAAUUUCCGAGGAGCUAGUCAAGAACUGAAAACGGCAAUAGAAGAGCUUUGCACAGAAGACAUUUCUAAAAAUCUUGAAAAAGAAAAAAUUGAAUGGAAGUUCAUCCCUCCCACUUCGCCCCAUAUGGGUGGUAGCUGGGAGCGGCUUAUACGAUCAGUGAAACAAGUUUUGGCAAAAAUGCAUAUCGGCCGUAACCCUAAAGACGAAGUUUUGCUUACAAUGAUGGCGGAGGUUGAGUUCAUUAUAAAUUCUAGACCACUUACUUAUAUUCCUAUAGAUACCGACAGUGAUGAGGCGCUCACCCCAAAUCAUUUUUUGAUGGGGUCAUCAAACGGCAUAAGACUUACCGGGGAGCUUUCAAGCGAUGGCCAUACACUCCGCAAACAUUGGCUUGCAUGCGAACAAUACAGUAAUCUUUUUUGGAAGCGUUGGGUGAAGGAAUAUCUCCCCUCUCUCACCAGACGAACGAAAUGGUUCGAACCUGCUAAGCCUGUAUCAGAAGGAGAUAUCGUUUUAAUUGUUGAUGAAAAGAACCCCAGAAACACCUGGCCAAAGGGAGUAAUCUUGCAGGCGAACCUAAGCAAAGACGGACAGACGAGAUCAGCAAUUGUGAAGACAGCCACUGGAACAUACACACGACCGGUGGCAAAACUAGCAGUACUUGAUGUAAGACGGUUUGGCGAAGAUGGUAACUGGAAGAAGCCACCAGCUUACCAGGGGGGAGUGUUGCCAAACCUGGCAAUGCCGUAA